AUGUCGGAUGUGUCGAACUCCUUCUCAGCUUGGGAGACCCUGCCGGAGGACGAACCUCCGCUGUGCAUCGCAGUUCGACGUACAGUGUCACCUCCACGCCACUAUGAGGCGGAAAAGAACAUGGGACAAAGAUGUGCUGACACCCGUACAAUUACAUUUGAAGACGUUCGCGUUCCCGCGCGUAAUGUGUUGGGUGUACCAGGAUCAGGUUUUAGACUUUCCAUGAAUGCAUUUGACAUGACUCGUCCCGGAGUGGCUGCCGGCGCUGUUGGCUUAUCAUGGAGAGCACUGGAUGAAUCUGCGAAAUAUGCUAUGGAAAGAAGAGCUUUUGGAACGGAAAUAGUAAAUCAUCAGGCAGUACAGUUCAUGCUUUCUGAUAUGGCUAUGAACUUGGAACUUUCUCGCCUUGCAACCUAUAAAUCUGCAUGGGAUGUAGAUCGACAGGUCCGAUUCUCGUACUACGCUUCCAUUGCAAAAUGCUUCGCUGCAGACACAGCUAAUCAGGCUGCUACAAAUGCUGUCCAGAUCUUUGGCGGCAACGGUUUCAACUCUGAAUAUCCCGUGGAGAAAUUGAUGCGUGAUGCUAAAAUCUAUCAGAUUUAUGAGGGAACGAGUCAGAUCCAACGUAUUAUCAUCGCACGUACACUGCUAUCACACUUUCAUCAAAGUCAAACCUGCCGUGUGAACUAG